AUUUUCCAGUGAAAGUCAAUCAAUUUGGCGUAUUCGAUGGGGUGAGAAGAACCGUGUUGCAUAACUUCAGUCUGAACCAUUGGUGUUAAUAAACUCACAAUUAUAAAGCUGUAAAAUUUAAUUACAGGCGGACUCUGUUCCAUGUUCUCGUCAUCACGUCCGAACUCCAACGUCACCAAGAAUGCUGAAGGUGGUUGGUGCCUCGUGGUUCCAGACACGUGUAAGCACUUGCAUUGUCGGGGUCGUCUCUGCCCUAGGGAUACUCGCAGUUAUCCUAGGGGAGAUUGGCAGAGAGGAAGAUGAUGGCAUUUAUUCCGCUACAGUGUUCUGGAGUGAAAAUGCAGGAUUUCACAUAGAUUUCUGGGGCCAAGGGAAUGAAAUGGAGGAGAUUCCAUAUGGAGUAGGUCGUGCAUACUACAAACAGGAAAUUGAUGUCACAGGGUGGGCAGUGCUGGAGAUUGAGACAAGGGAUGAAUAUGCAGACUGGGUGCAGGCUUACUCUGCAGGACUGCUUGAAGGUAGUCUGACAUGGCAGCUCAUUCACUGGCAUUGGCAGAACACUGUGCAGAAUGUGUGUGAAGAUCAGAUGGAAUUCUGCAUACAUGUACGCAGCUCUGUUGCAAUCAACUCUGAAAAGAUCAAGGACUUAGCAGAGAAGAACGGAGAUAGUGAUCCUUUCUGGCACCAGGUACAUCUAUUCUAUGUUCAGUUAGACGGACUGGAAACUGGCUGGAGACAUGGAGUAAAGAGAAGCAGACAAGAUAUUGACAUUUCUCACCUUGACUUUUUAUGGAUGAACAUAGUGAGUGAUUUGGUUGACAUGGAACAGAUAUAUAACAGUGCACUAGAUGACACAAAACAUCCAUUCAUAUUCUCCACAGCUGCUAGUUUUUCAUCUGCAUUCGUCAAGUUUCAUGCAGAAACUGGGGAGCUAUAUGCAGCCCACAACUCUGGAGGACUAUUCCAGUCCAUGCUGCGAGUGUUGAAAUGCUACCAGUUGAGUUAUCACCACACAUCAGAGACUGCUUCACACCUGGUUCCUGGACAAGUAAUAACAUUUUCAUCAUACCCUGGUGUUAUCCACUCACAGGAUGACUUCUACUUGGUGUCAGGAAGACCACAAUUUGGCAAGAGACAACAUCAACUUGCAAUUCUGGGUACAGCCUUCAACUUCUACAACAGAACUUCCUUGGGUAGCUUUGCUCAGGAAGAGCAGGUACUUAUAGGUCCAAGGGCAAUGGCAGCAAAUAGAUUGGCUCAAGGCGGUCGUUUCUGGGGAUGGUAUUUGCGACGUGCAAAUAGUGGUACAGGCAGCAAACAGUGGCUGAUUGUAGAUUACAGCCUGAUAGCAGGCACAGAGGCCAUCACUGCUCUGCCAAUGAAUAAGAAGGUUUCAAGCCAAUUGCUCUCCAACCCACAAUCAAAGCAACAAAAUGUUGAGAAAACACCCAAAGUGAGCAGAGGCCUCCUGUGGGUUGUUGAGCAGUUGUCAGGACUGACACAUUAUGCAGAUGAGACUCACACACUGCAGACUACUGGCUUUUGGAUCUCAAAUGGACUUCCUUAUUAUCAGGAUAACACCCGAAAAAGAAGGACAGGAACAGCUGAAGGAUCUGGUAGUCAAGCCUUGUAUUAUGGCCAGGAAGUUGCUGUUAACCUGACAUCAGUGAUGCAAUUAAUGAGAAAUAACACUUUCUUGUUGAAUUCCCAUCUUGUUCCUCCAGACAAUAGUUCAUCCCCGAUGCCCUAUAAUCUUCCCCCCAUGGGCACCAUUGAUUCUAAGAUUGUGGUGGCUUCUCCAUUCCAGAAAACAAAGUUACAUGUUAUAUCAGGACCUCCAAACAUGUUCGUUGAAAAUAGCAAAAAUGACAGUUCUGAAAAUAUAAAGUUCCUUGGUGUUCCUUUCCAGUGGUCCAAGAGCCGGUUUGCUAAUAAAACACAUAUUGGUCUACCUGAUCUUUGGAAGUUUAAUGCAGUUCAGCCUCAGUGGUUCUGGGCAUGACAACUAUUUGUCCUUUCAUCACAUACAGACCUAUUUGGAUUUUCGUUAGUCUGAACUGUCUGGCGAGCAGAUUAUUAAAAUAAGUACAGUAGAACUUGGUUAUAACGUCAUCAAAGGGACCUAAAAAUAGUGUCGUUAUAAACGAAUGUCGUUGUAA